CGGGCUAAACUCUUCUUACACACACCCGCGCGCGCGCACACACAGACACACUAAGUCUGAGCACGGAGCAAUGUGCGGGACGGUCGCGUCCUCCAGCAUGGACAGCGUGACCCUGGAGCCGGACCUCCCGAUGCGCGGUGAGUUCACCGGACUCUCCCGGUUCCGCUACACACUGGUUCUAUCGGAGAAGGAACUCACGGUACAGAAGCUCGGCACCGGGAGGCGGAAAUCAGGAACGGUAAGCGUGCUGGAUCUACAGGACUGUACAGGCUGCCGCGCGUACGGAGCGGAGGACGGAGCGGACACGAGCGCGGGCUUGUCGAUGUAUUUCUACCCGGUGAGGAGACGCUGGGAUCGGCUGAGUUCAUCUCCCUCACGCCGCAGAGUGGAGCAUCGCUUCCGGGUGGCAGUGAGUCCGGACCCGCGGAUAAACCUGGAGGAGGCGCAGAGAUGGAGCAGAGCUAUCCGGCACGGAGCUUACCUCCGGACAGAGCAUCAGAACCACGCCCGCGAGCUGGUACGAGAAGCCGACCUCUCUCAAUGGGACGCCGUGGUCAUCAUGUCCGGAGACGGGCUGCUGUUUGAGGUUGUGAACGGGCUCAUGGAGAGGGAAGACUGGGAGAAAGCCAUCCAGACGCCUCUCGGUGUGCUGCCUGGAGGUUCAGGGAAUGCUCUCGCUGCGUCGAUACACUACUACAACGGGUCACAGCCGUUGUCUGGUGAGGAGCUGCUAGUGAGCUGUGGCUUCAUGUUGUGUAAAGGCCUGGUGUCACAUCUGGACCUCACUUCAGUCUGCCUGGCAUCCAACCAGCAUCUGUUCUCCUUCCUGUCCCUCGCCUGGGGCUUUGUGGCUGAUGUGGACAUCGAGAGCGAGAAGUACCGCCACGUGGGAGCGGCUCGCUUUACCAUGGGGACUCUAGUGCGCCUCACCUCACUGAGAAUAUAUAAAGGGAAGCUGGCGUACCUUCCUGCUGAGGAAUCUCAAGCCCUUCCAAGCACAUCUUCAUCAACAAUGUCCUUAACUGAUGGGUCCAACUCAUCCUCAGUUCAUUCGAGGAACUCGAAUUGUCAAAAUCAUCACUUGCACAAUUCUUGCAAUUCCAACAAUGCCCACAAACCCAUCUGGACCAACGAGACACCAGUGACCAUGCGAGGUCCCCCUGAUUCCCUCCUUGUACCCUUGGACCAGCCUGUACCAACACACUGGACCGUGGUCAAGGAGGAGGAUUUUGUUCUGGUGAUGGCAGUGUACCAGUCCCACCUUGCUGAAGACUUGAUAGCUGCCCCUGCAUCCAGACUGGAGGAUGGAAUUAUACACCUGAUCUACGUUAAAGCAGGAAUCUCACGUCAAGCCCUCUUGCGACUUUUCCUGGCCAUGGAGAAAGGUACCCACUUGAAUACAAACUGCCCCUUUGUGGUGUACGUUAAAGUGCGGGCACUAAGACUAGAGCCCUAUUCACCCAAAGGGACCAUCACUGUGGAUGGAGAGGUAGUGGAAUAUGGGCCGGUGCAAGCACAGGUCCAUGGCAGACUUGCCAGGAUUAUAGCCGGAUAGAAUUGUACAGAAAAGGCUAGAAAUGUUAGAAAGUGCUCAGAGUGAAUCAAAGAGUUAAUUAGAAAUGAUGAUUGCUAGUUCUUUAUUUAUUGUUAGAGUCGAAGUAAUGGGCAGGUUCUUGUGGCAGAUAGAACUUCCUUUCUUUGCUAGCUUUGCUAAUAAUGAGAAGCUGGAGUGGGCUUUAAAAGAAAUCUUAUUUGCAAAGCACUCAGACCCGACAAGCUUCAACUCAUUAUUAGCAGCGCCUCUUAGCAUUUACAGGAUUGUCUUAGAAAGGAGGUUAUGGAAAGUGAUGACUUCUUCUGUGUGAUUGAUGUCUGUUGCUGCUGUUUUCACGGUGCUACUGAUUGACAAAUAAUGGAAAAGAUUCGAAAUAUAUAUUUAUUUUUAUACUGCUGUUUUGUACACAACAUACUGUAGACAUCUCCGCGUAGCCCGUGUUUAUGCGAGGAAGCAGUAUAUCAGCGGGAGAUUAUGAAUUGGCUGGACGGAGAUUUGUGUACGAUGCUUUCAUUUUUCAGUUUUUCAGUUCAAUAUGGAAAUUUAUUUCUUGGUACCUAGAGAAAGAGAAAGUUAUUUUCUAUUAAAAUAUGAAUAAAAUUACAAUUACACAUCCACCAUUGUUCCUGGGUAACACGUGUCAAAAACAGGGUCAGUGAAAGAUUACCGCAUAAUGUUUUGAUAACUUAGAUCACUAAAGUGUACAUUUUAAAAAUCCACAAGGUGACAUGGCAAAAUGUUAAGCAACUUUGUUGAUUUCUUUUUUUGUUUGUUUUUUUAAAAAAAGAUUCAUAAUGUGAGCUGAUGUUAUUUUGCAUUUCAAUUAACAUUGGUUGGUUAACGUUAGCUAAACAGCUAAUUGGCUCACUUCCAACAGUUGAUUCAAUUCACAAUGAAAUGAAAGAAAAUUAUUUGAAGGCAGCGUACACGGAUGGACAGGGUGCACUGGAUUUAGAUUUUAAUCAUUAUUAAACACAAUUUCUCUGUUUUUCACAUUCUUCUGGUGGUACAGCCUCAGGAUCGUGGGUAAAGUUACAACCGUUUCUAACGACAGAUUAACAAAAAGCUCUGUUUGCUUUGUCACUGUGCUGUGUUUGGAUGAUGUAGGGUUCCUCCGCUGGUGUCUUUGUAUUAAAAGCUCUCGGGUCCAGGGGGUUAUGAAUGAAACCAGGACGAGUGAGGGGUUUGUUUUUUCCUUUUGAACCAGUUCACUUACAGAAGAUCGUAAUUGUGAUUUUAUAUCCUAUGCUGAAAUAAGGUUAGGUUUUACACCUGCUGUGGUAAAAAAAAGAAAAAAAAGCUUAACUAAGGACAGGACUUCAUCAUCCAAUCAAAUUAGAUUUUGGUCAUUUUCCAGAAAUUUUAAGCUACAUGUAUAAAAGCUACUCUGAAGACUAAAAUUGGGGGUUGGGGGGGUUAUGAUUCGGGUGUGACUGAAGUUAUCAGGGCGAAAAUUUUGUGAUGGAAUUUUCCACUCUGAGUGAUGAAACUGAUUCCGUCCGAAUACGGAUCCUGCGCUAAUCAAAGACGCAAUGCUGUCUGAAGAUACUCCGCGGCUACGUUGUCUCCUAACGAAAGCUUACUGAACAAAACAGGUGAACGGACCAUGUGGUUAUAACAAACCGAAAAACUUAAAUCUUACAAAAAUGUAAGAAUUCAUGCAACAACAAAAAAAAAAAGCCAAUGAUGAGAGACUGUAUUCUUCAGGUCUCGGGUCAUUCAGGUCUUGUUAUUUUGUUUAAUAAAGCUAAAUUAUAAAUUAUAUAAUAAUUAUAUAAUAAAUAAAAUUAAAUUAUAAAAGUUAACAAGUGUACAAUUUAACCGUCACAAAUAACAAGACCUUGAUAGUGCUAAUGUUCUUCUGAGGACAUGAGCAACAACCAUAACAGUCUCUCAGAGCCGGUUAAUGAUUAGCUUCAUGUCCGUCAUCACCGGGGCGGUUUACGCUAAUCAUCUCAUUUAUAAAGUCAGUUUCGAUUGGCCGGACAAGGCCGCCAGCCAGGUUGUGAAGUGACUGGAGAUAAACAUGACCACACUUCUGACUGAUUUUACACAUUCUUACAAUUCUUCCAGGAGGUGAGGUCAUGUAGGGCGUGUCAGAGAGUGUGACUGGGGACACUAAGCAUUGAUUUGAAGACUGCAGUGGUUCACUAAUAACACCCCUUCCUCCAUUUCCAAAACACACACACACAAACACACACACACACCCCACCCUGUCUGAAGACCCAGCUGGUUUGCACUGAUUACAUCCCCCAUCAUCUAAACAUCAAUCCCAGCAUGCACCUUCUGUUUAUGACUGAACUGAACUGAGAUUAUUAUAUUUAUUCCUCUCUAAUGUAUAUAUUUAUAUAGAUUCCUAUGUUAAGUAUGAUGGAUAGUAUGUAAUAAUGUACUAGUGCUGUCAAAAGUCUUCGUGGGUGAAGUGAUGCUCGAAUCACGGUACAGCAAAUGAAAUCGAAGGUGCUGGGCAUCUGCCAGGACCAUGUCGUGUGGGGGGAGGGGGAAGGGGGAGUAAGUUAAGGGCGGGUUUGUUUACUGACUCGCCUAAAGCUAUACUAAAUAACCAGCACAUCCACACUAGGGUAGAAUUAACACUGGCUACCGAGGAAGAAGGUGUUGAUACACAAACACUGCCCACUAUAUCAACACCGAGAUGGACGCCGAGCUAGCACGAGAUACUGUUCCUUACUGACACGUGUGUGAGAGAUAACUUUACACUUUAUUUAUUUCACACGGUCGUGUUUUUUACUGUUAAACCCAGUCAUGGGUAAUUCUAGUAAUUCUGGGUCACCAGAAGUCAUCAGGUAGAUUGUUAUGAUUAAAGUGUUAUAGUAUGUAAAGAACACUAGCGAGAUUUUAUAGUCAAGCCCUGGUGGUGUUUAUUUUUUUUCUUCAUUGUGGGAUUGACCAGAGGUCAUGACCUCAUCCGUUGCCUCUGGGAACGAAUCAAUCCUUUCAAACGGGGGUGGGGGGGGGCACAUGAAAGGAAAUUAGCCGUAAUUCGGUGACGCUAAACAUCAACCGUCAUAGGAACUGAUAAGCUAACUGUUGAUAUAGUCAUCAGUGAUGAUCAAACUGUUGUCAUUUUUCAGUCAUAUUAGCCAGGCAAGUUUAUGAACAAGGAAUUUUAUGUAAGAGUUUUACCUGAGUAUUCCUGAGCUAGCUAAUGAUUCGGGGAUUUUCAGCUAGCUGACUAGCGAACAAAUUUAAUACAAUAAAACAGUCAACAAAUUCUGUCAGAGUCUCUAAAGAACAAGUUUCAGGAUGGAUUUAAAUCGACACAGUCCUCAGUAGCCUCAUCACCUUAAGCCUUACGAAGCUCAGAAUUCCAUGUGGCCUUGUUUUAUUUCCUUCACUGUUUCCUGUUAGUUGAGCAGGUGUGUGUGUGUGUGUGUGUAGCAACAGUAGUCAACUCUACUGCCUUAAAAAGAGCUCAUCAGUGUUUAUUUCUACUGAUUGGUGACUAAAUCUUAUGAAUCAUGAACAUAUAAUGAGCUCAUUUGCACCUUUUGCACUUUAGCACAUUCACGAGACGUACUGUACAUGCUGAGGAGGCGCAUUGUUAUUGUGAACUUCGUGAUUUUAACACUAAUCCGAAUCUGAUGUGUUUUCUUUGAGUGAUUUUUUUUUUAGUCAAGUUUUCUCUUGAGGUGUCCUGCAAUACGGAACACUAUUAAGUGCUUAGUACCACGUGCUGCAUGGACGUGGAAAUAGCGGCAUUUUGGAUUUUGUUGAUAGCUAAACAAUCCACAUAUGAAGUUGUGACGAUAUGAAGAUAAGUGCCAGGCUUGAUCAUCAUCACUGUGAUUGCUGAACAUGUUUUCCACCGCUAGAGAGCCGUUUUAAUGGAAUCGCUCGGUUAAAAAAAUCACCUUUAUACAAUUCUAUGCUUCAGAAAACGACUUGUUUGUUAGCCCAAUGUUUGCUAACUGACUUCUGUGGCAUGUUCGUGACAUUAGAUUCUUCAGUUCCGGUGAAAAUUGAGGCUGAUUGGCUUACUGACUGUGGAUAAACCCAGACUCAAUCCUGAUCAUGUACCAACAUUACUCUGAUCAUUAUUUUACCCAGAAUUCAGUACUGUGUUUGCUCUUUUUUUGCUCCAAUUUUAAUACAGUGUGUUACAGUGUGUGUGUUUUCUUGCAAACGUACAUGGCUACAAUUAAAGAAAUCUAUCAAAUUUAAUGAUUCUCUCUCUCUCCUUUUAUAAAAACCAGCUCUCUCUUGGCGGCUUGGAGGAAAAGCAGAAAGCUAAUUAGCGUUAGCGAUUCCCAUUAACCAACCAUUUAUACGCAAAUGAGAUUAAAUUAAAUAGCUUUGGCGUGUAUGUUUAGAGCUUGUUAAGAAAUACCUCGAGGUAUAUUAUUAGACUUUAAAGAAGCUCUGAGACAACUAGUGUCGAAGCUAAUUUAAGGCAAAGCGCGUGCACGCGAGUCCGGAAAAGGAAGUUUUGCUGCCAUCAAGUGGUCAGAAAAGGAAGUGCACCAAAAACGACGUCACUCAAAAUCAGAUGAAUAUAAACAUUAGAAUGUUUUUUUAGAGUGAGUUUAAAGCAUGUGCAUUUAUUAUUAUUUUUUUAAAUAAUCAUUUUGACCAAAGAUAAGUGCAUAAAAAGAGAGAUAAUUACAUUAUAUUGCCAAAAGUUUUGGGACGCCCCUCCAAAUUAUUGAAUUCAGGUGUUGUUUUUCAGGGGUUGGGCUCGGCCCCUUAGUUCCAGUGAAAGGAACUCUUAAUGCUUCAGCUUCAUACCAAGACAUUUUGGACAAUUUCAUGCUUUGUGGGAACAGUUUGGGGAUGACCCCUUCCUGUUCCAACAUGACUGCACACCAGUGACCAAAGCAAGGUCCAUAAAGACAUGGAUGAGUGAGUUUGGUGUGGAGGAACUUGACUGGCCUGCACAGAGUUCUGACCUCAACAUGAUAGAACACCUUUGGGAUGAAUUAGAGCGGAGACUGUGAGCCAGGCCUUCUCGUCCAACAUCAGUGCCUGACCUCACAAAUGCGCCUCUUCUAGAGAGGAACGGUCAAAAAUUCCCAUAAACACACUCCUAAACUUUGUGAAAAGCUUUCCCAGAAGAGUUGAAGCUGCUUUAGCUGGAAAGGGGAUGGGACAACUCCAUAUUACAUUCAUGUGCAUGUAAAGGCAGACGUCCCAAAACUUUUGGCAAUAUAGUGUAUGCUAAUGUUGCAGCUACAUACUUUAGAGUCUUGUUUUCAGAUUUAAAUAUUCCAGAGUAUUCUAGGAAAAAAUAUAGAAGAUAUGCUGUGUUGCACCCCUGAUCAUUACAAGUCUGUGUGCUGUAGCUUUACAGUUUCCUUUCAGUCAAACAAACACAGCUCCAGCAUGAUGAUGCCGCUGUGCAAAAACCCCAGAGCUCCAUGAAGACAUGGUGUGAAGUUUGAAGAAGGUGGGAGAACUGGAGUGUCCUUCACUGAGCCCUGACUCUGACUCAACCCCACUGAACACCUUUGGGAUGAACAGGAACUGAACUGGACUGGACUGGAAAUCUGACCUGGAGCCUCCUCAACAUCCCAACAUCAGUGUCUGAUCUCAUUAAGGUUCUUGUGAAUGAAUGUAUGAAUGAAUGAAUGAAUGAAUGAAUGAAUGAGCACAAAUCCCCGCAGCCACACUGAAGGUUAUUAUAACAACAAUCACACUUAGAAUAAAAUUAGAAUGAAAUGUUCAAUGAGCACAUGAUGUUCGGGUAUCCAUUCAUUUUGACCGGAACAAAACACAAGUGUUAAAAUACACUGAUCAGCCAUAACAUUAUGACCACCUGCCUAAUAUUGUGUUGGUCCCCCUUUUGCUGCCCUGACCCACAGAGACAUGGACUCCACUAGAUCCCUGAAGGUGUGCUGUGGUUUCUGGCACCAAGAUGUUAGCAGCAGAUCCUUUAAGUCCUCCAGGGGCCCCGCCUCACAACUUAUAGGAUGCUUACAGGACGUAAAGGAUACUUUUGAUAGAUACUGACCACUGCAGACCGGGAACACCCCACAAGAGCUACAGUUUUGGAGGUGCUCUGAUCCAGUGGUCUAGCCAUCACAAUUUGGCCCUUCAUCAAACUCACUCAAAUCCUUACGCAUGUCCAUUUUUCCUGCUUCUAACAUCAACUUUGAGGACAAAAUGUUCACUUGCUGCCUAAUAUAUCCCACCCACUAACAGGUGCCAUGAUGAGGAGAUCAUCAGUCUUAUUCACGUCACCGGUCAGUGGUCAUAAUGUUAUGCUUCAUCGGUGUAUCUCUGAA